CCUAUUGUUUUUAUCUGUCGGAGUUGCGCCCGAUGAAAGCCAUAAGUCAAUAUGUGUUAAAGAAGAAUUUCGCAUAUGCUAAAUGUCAAUGCUAAGCAAACAUAUUGCCCGUCAGUCCGGCCCAUUUUAAAUGUCGGUUUGAACAGAAGGCGGUUGGUUACAGCUCAGAUGUUGUGUAUGAGCUUUGUGUAAAUGAAUUAUUCAUUAAAACCCGGUACAUACGUAUUGUGCGGAGAUGUCUUAUAUUAUAUGUGCAGAAGGGAUGGACUGGGAUGUAAUACGGCAGCUCCAGUCUGACACUAUUGGGUUUGACCUGCGGCUAACAAGGCCAGUAAUUUGGACGCAAUAAUUGGAUUAUUACUGAUUCGUCAUAGAAUAAUUUCCAAGUCAAAUAAUUAAUAAUUCUGCAUUGAUUUACAAGUUUACUGAUUAAAUUAUCAGCGCGGCAUGACUGCUUCAUAUCUACAUACCGGCGCCGAAUCUCCAUCAUCAGCAUGCUGAUAAACGACUAAGUGACCACCACAGGAAACAUAUCCCCAUCCCCGCGACGCCCAUACCAAUCAUGCUUAUUGAUUUUAAAUUACCAGCCGGCAAGAAUGCUACAUCCGCAGCCAAGACGCCGGCGUCGACGGCUGCAGUAUAUUCAUCGACGGUGUCACACAUUGGAUUAUUUUCUCACACGAUCACUGUCGUCAUCAGUAUCGUUUUAUUAAUGAUCCUGCUUCUGUAUUUUGCCAUUCCCUUGAUAAGCGCCCCAGAAUCCGGUGAUUAUGCGCCGCGUAAUAUCACAGCUCCAAUGUAUCCAUGGCUGAUCACAUGGACACCACCGCUGCUGUAUUCGGAUCUCUUCUUUCCCCUCAACACAGAGAAACCGCGCUGGACCCGUGAUCGCCUGAUGCGGCGGCUGCCGUCGUGUCUGAUUAUCGGCGUCCGCAAGAGCGGCACACGAGCGCUCAUUGAAUUCCUCAGUCUGCACUCGCGGAUCACCAAAGCCUCGGACGAAGUACAUUUUUUCGACGAAGAACAAAAUUAUCAGAAAGGCCGGGAAUGGUACCGUCGGCAGAUGCCGUUUUCUUACGAGGACCAGAUAACGGUGGAGAAAUCACCGGCAUAUUUCAUUACGCGCUAUGUUCCCCAACGCGUUAAAUCCAUGAACGCAUCGAUCGCGUUAAUUCUGGUGGUUAAGAAUCCCGUGACAAGGGUCAUCUCCGACUAUACACAGACAUUAAGUAAUCGUAUUAAAAAAGGCAAGAACUACUUGAGCUUCGAGGACAGUGUGUUGCGGGAGGACGGCAGUGUGGAUGUCAGUUAUAAGCCCAUCCGGGUCAGCCUCUAUUACAAGCAUUUGACAGCGUGGUUGCGAGUGUUUCCCCGUGAACAGAUCCUCAUCGUCGAUGGCGACACACUUAUCGCCAAUCCCAUUGAGGAAUUGCGCAGGGUAGAGGCGUUCCUGCGGCUGCCGGCGGAGAUCCGUGCGGAGCAGUUUCAUUACAACACCACCAAAGGUUUCUACUGUAUACGGGAUACGGUCAAUCCGUAUGCGGAUAAGUGCCUCUCCCAUACCAAAGGUCGCAAGCAUCCCGAAGUAGCACCGGAAGUUGUCGACAAACUGACCCACUUUUUUCGCCCCUAUAAUGACAUGUUCUACCAGAUGGUGGGAAGGAAUUUCAGUUGGUAAUCAAAUCACUGAUGGUCGAGUGUUGUUUUAUCGUGGGAAGUAUUCCAGAGUUGGUUUUAUAUGCACUGAUUGAUGGUUUCGGACAAUUGCUGUGAUACUUUUUCUUCAUAAUCUAAGUGUAAAACUGUGAAAAACCAGUAGACAAUUGGCUUCACAAUAAAAGGGUAAAAAAUCAAUUCAGAAUGCCCGUGAGAU